ACUUUCUCUGCAUCUUUCCUUCUCCAUCAAUUAAAGUAUAUAAUUCCUCUUCUUUCUCCAUGACAAAACUGGAGCUCCUCUCCUCUUUUCCCGCCAAGUCCCAGCAUUCUUUCUCAAUUCGCCUCCGUGAACCAUGAAUCGCGGCCGCUUUCCGAGGACUCCAGGCAGUUCCGGUCGUGGAGGUAGAUCUCAGCGUCCCCGGGGCUAUUCUGAUCGUCCUCACAGCUAUGUUGGAGACGGAAGGCAUUCUGUUGAUGAUUCUUGUAGUGGGGAUGGGAAUUCCCGGACAACUGGGAGAAGCUCUCAGAAGAAACCAGAAAGUAAUUCAAGGUAUAUUAAGCAUGCCCGAGGUACAUAUGUACCAAAGAGGCCUUUGACAAAUGGUAAUGUGGAAUUGCCUGAGUUAGAAGCACUAAAGCAGAAACAGGAACUGGCUGAUUCUGAAAGCACUCCAGUUUCUGUCCACAAAAGUGAUUCUCCUUCAUUCUUAGACAAGGGAAAAGUUAAAAUUGAAGAAUUGCCUGAGUUAGGAGCACCAAAGCAGAAACAGGAACUGGCUGAUUCUGAAAGCACUCCAGUUUCAGUCCACAAAAGUGAUUCUCCUUCAUUCUUAGACAAGGGAAAAGCUAAAAUUGAAGAAUUGCCUGAGUUAGGAGCACUAAAGCAGAAACAGGAACUGGCUGAUUCUGAAAGCACUCCAGUUACAGUCCACAAAAGCGAUUCUCCUUCAUUCUCAGAUAAGGGAAAAGUUAAAAUCGAAGAAUUCCCUAGUGCAAUACCUCAUGAUCUCUCACCCAAGUUGAAUACUUCCUCCAUUGGCAAGUCUAAGCAGCCUGACAAAGAUAAAGGCGGCAUUCUAUGUAAAUUCUCCCAAGAGAACAGUUCUGGAAAAACAGCACAUGUUGUUGAUCCAUUUGUGUCUGAGCACCUAGAUAUGGGAAAAAUUCAGGUUGAAGAAUCCCUUAGUGCAACGCUAAAACCAUUUGGUACUCAACAUAGCCCUUCACAAGAGAACAGUCCUGAAAAGACAUUAGCCUCUGCUGAUCUGGGUGGGUCUGAGCUCCCAGCAGUGGUGAAACCAUAUGAUAUUUUUCUGGUCGAAACUGGAACUCCUGUGAUGCUAAAACCAUCUUUGUUAGUGAAGAAUAGAGAAAAGCGGCUUGAAAACAAUCGAGCUUUGGAAGGACAGAAUAGAAGAACAUUGAGAUCUGGGAUGGUAAUUCUAAAGAAUUACCUGUCUUUAAGCUGUCAGAUCAAAAUUGUCAAGAAAUGCCGUGAGCUUGGCUUGGGUCCUGGAGGUUUUUAUCAACCAGGUUACCGAGAUGGAGCAGAGCUGCAUUUGAAAAUGAUGUGCCUUGGUAAAAAUUGGGAUCCAGAGACAAGCAAAUAUGAUGAUCAUCGGUCAGUUGAUGGUGCUAAACCACCAGCUAUUCCUCAUGAAUUUUGCGAACUAGUUGGAAAGGCUAUCAAAGAUUCACAAGCCCUCAUACAAGGAAAUUCUAAUGCAAGAAAUGUUGAAGAAAUUCUUCCAAGCAUAUCACCUGAUAUCUGCAUUGUGAAUUUCUAUACAGCAACUGGACGACUGGGUCUUCAUCAGGAUCGAGAUGAAAGUCAAGAAAGUUUACGCAGAGGAUUACCUGUAGUAUCCUUCUCUGUUGGAGAUUCAGCAGAAUUCCUAUAUGGUGAUCAAAGGGAUAUUGACAAAGCAGAUAAGAUCAUUCUGGAAUCUGGAGAUGUUCUCAUUUUUGGUGGGAAAUCUAGACGUAUCUUUCAUGGUGUAACUGCCGUCAUCCGAGAUACUGGCCCCAAGGCUCUCCUGGAAGAAACUAAUCUUCGUUCAGGCCGUCUAAACCUGACUUUUAGAAAGUAUUGAAAACCUUCAAUAUCCUUUUAAAAUUUUUAGGUUAUUGCGAAUGAUACUAGCUUAGUUUGAACUUUGAAGCAGCAGAAAACCCAACGAUUAUUGUAUUUGUACGGUCAAUUGUUCGUGUUAUAAGCCAUUGACCUAUGAAUGUGACGUUUACUUUAAUACGAGGGAACCAUUUGUUUGCAAGUUUUGUGUGGAAAAAAAGGGGUACAAUUUA